AUGCGACGACUGCAGGGCGUGUACUUCCCAAUCCUACUCGCAUGCGUUACUCUCAGCAUGACCGCCAUGACCGUGCUAUCAAAAGCCCCUCCGACGAACACAUCAAUAACGGCUGCAUUUGCAGGCUUCUUUCUCUCUGCAUCUGCGAUCACAACACCCUUCAUUGCAAUCAACACGGUCAUGCUCUCGUUCGCAUCUGGUGGCACUGGCGAUUCCCCUAGCUCUGGUCUAGUCAUUGCAUGGAUCCCGGUUUUUCUCCUAGAUUGUGCGUUCGUUCAGCUGAUUAUCGGAGCGGCUUUGUUUUGUACGGAAACACAAGCGUGGCAGUUUGCCACUAUCAUCUGCCUGUGGGCUGGGUUAUUAUUCCUGGCGACCGCGGGUACAGCUGGAUGGAUUGCCGUGGAAACCAGAUCGUUCAACAUUUUUAGGCAUGCCAUGAUUGGGCGCAUCGAUACAGAGUGA